AUCGAGGUUGAGAACCAUUGCAGCUACCACGAUGGGCAGCAAAACCCUGCCGGCGCCGGUGCCCAUCCACCCAUCCCUGCAGCUCACCAACUACUCUUUCCUCCAGGCGGUUAAUGGCCUUCCUGCGGUGCCAUCGGACCACCUGCCCAGCCUAUACGGCUUCAGUGCCCUGCAGGCUGUGCACCUGCACCAGUGGACGCUGGGUUAUCCAGCCAUGCACUUGCCGCGCUCCUCUUUCUCCAAAGUGCCAGGCACUGUGUCCAGCCUGGUGGAUGCUCGCUUCCAGCUGCCUGCCUUUCCCUGGUUCCCUCAGGUCAUCCAACCCAAGCCAGAGAGCACCACUGCAGGCAGCGGUCCGGCUCUCAAGACCAAGCCGCGCUUUGAUUUUGCCAACUUAGCUCUGGCUGCCACACAAGAAGAUCCUUCCAAGCUUGUCCGAGGUGAGGGCCCUGGAUCCCCCACAGGUGGGCUGGGUGCCCUGCUGGACGUGACCAAGCUGUCCCCAGAAAAGAAGCCCACCAGAGGACGCCUGCCUUCCAAGACCAAGAAGGAGUUUGUCUGCAAGUUCUGUGGCCGCCACUUCACCAAGUCCUACAACCUUCUCAUCCACGAGCGGACCCACACAGAUGAGAGGCCCUACACCUGUGACAUCUGCCACAAAGCCUUCCGGAGGCAGGACCACCUGCGGGACCACAGAUAUAUUCACUCCAAAGAGAAGCCUUUCAAAUGCCAAGAGUGCGGAAAAGGGUUCUGCCAGUCCCGGACUCUCGCUGUGCACAAGACGCUACACUCGCAGGUGAAGGAGCUCAAAACCCCCAAGAUCAAAUGUUAAACAGCCAGCGCCCGCACCCUGCCGCGCUGCCCCUGCUCCCGGAGACUCUGGUGGGUCGGGGCGCUGGGACCCACGCCUCGACCCCAGCUGC